CCAAGCUUCACCAAGCUCAAGCCUAACGUCUGCGCUAGCUUGCUGUCUAUUGCUGUCCACACCUUUUCUUGCACCUGCACCUUCCCUCUCCAACUCAGGUGCAAACAACACAACAUCACCAUGGUACACCUUGCUCAGGUAGUCAACGAUCUCCAGGCGCACAAGCCCAUCCUCGAGGGCUUGUCCUUCAAGCCUUCCGAGACGGACCAAGACACUGUCACAGCCUCCGUUUAUGGCUCCAGGUUCGCUGCCGAGGAUCUUCCUAGGCACGACAUGCCCGAAAAGGAGAUGCCGCGAGAGGUCGCUUACCGCAUGAUCAAGGACGACCUCACGCUUGACGGUACCCCGACCUUGAACCUGGCUUCCUUCGUCACGACCUACAUGGAGGAGGAAGCCGAGAAGCUUAUGACCGAAUGUUUCGCCAAAAACUUCAUCGACUAUGAGGAGUAUCCCGUCUCGGCCGACAUCCAGAACCGCUGCGUCUCAAUGAUAGCCCGCUUGUUCAAUGUCCCUACGCAUGACGAGAACACAAAUGCCAUGGGAACCAGCACGAUUGGCUCCUCCGAGGCAAUUAUGUUGGCUGUCCUUGCCAUGAAGAAGCGGUGGCAGCAAAAGCGCAAGGCCGAAGGCAAGUCCACCGAGAAGCCUAACAUUAUCAUGAACUCGGCCGUCCAGGUUUGUUGGGAGAAGGCUGCGAGAUACUUUGACGUCGAAGAGAAGUACGUCUACUGCACCAAGGACCGCUAUGUCAUCGAUCCUAAAGAGGCCGUCGAGCUCGUGGACGAAAACACGAUUGGUAUCUGUGCCAUCAUUGGUACGACGUACACUGGCGAGUAUGAGGACGUAAAGGGUAUCAACGAUCUCUUGGUCGAGAAGAACAUCGACUGCCCCAUUCAUGUCGAUGCUGCUAGCGGUGGCUUCGUGGCUCCAUUUGUAAAGCCCGAGCUUGAGUGGGAUUUCCGUCUCCCUAAGGUCGUGAGUAUCAACGUCUCGGGCCACAAGUACGGUCUUGUUUAUCCUGGUGUUGGCUGGGUUGUCUGGAGGGAUCCCGAAUUCUUGCCCAAGGAGCUUAUCUUCAAUAUCAACUACCUUGGUGCCGAUCAAGCCUCCUUCACACUCAACUUCUCUCGUGGAGCCUCUCAGAUCAUUGGCCAGUACUAUCAGUUGAUCCGUCUGGGCAAGCACGGCUACCGUUCCAUCAUGGGCAAUCUUACCCACACUGCCGACUACUUAGCUGCUUCUCUGAAACAUCUUGGUUUCAUCAUCAUGUCUGAGACUGGUGGCAAAGGCCUCCCUCUGGUUGCUUGCCGCCUUGACCCAAAAGCCGGUAAACACUACGACGAGUUUGCCAUCGCCCAUCAGUUGCGCGAACGUGGAUGGGUGGUGCCAGCAUACACCAUGGCUCCCCAUAGCGAGAAGCUAAAGCUAAUGCGCGUCGUGGUGCGCGAGGACUUUUCUCGCAGCAGGUGUGAUGCGCUUAUCACGGACUUCAAGCUGGCGCUUGAGGUUUUGGAUAAGAUGGAGCCCCACAAGAUCGAGGAGCAUAAGGAGCACAUGCAAAACCAUGGUGCGAGGUCCGGCCGUCGCAGGAGCAUGAACCAACACUUUACGGAUGAGAAGCACUCACUGCAAGGCCAGACAGGGAAGACGCACGCUGUCUGCUAGGCGCGGUGACGCCCGGUCGAACACCAAGGAAAAUCGGAACGUCUGAAUGUCUUACGACAAACUUUGAAAGGGCCGUGGCCUAUGUAGCUAUGGCUUACGAUGAGCACGAAUACGAAAUGAUGUCUUAUAUGCAC